AGAGAGAGAGAGAGAGAGACGCGGGUGGACAGUGGGAUGCUGUGCGUUAUACUGGCUAAAUGAGGGUUGUCUUUCCAAGUUCAGUCAGCAGGGCUUCUCCACCCUUCCAGCGAGGAUCUGUAAUUUACACGACAACAGCAGGGCGCCUGUCGGAUCUCCAUUGGACUCUGCGCUGGAUCUCCCACAGCACUGCCACUGCUGCUGCUUCUCCAUCACCAAACCCUCUACGCCGAAGGACGAGAAGAAGAUCUGAUUUCCGUGCCAUGUGCAGAACGACAUGUAUGUGUGAUUUCAUGCGGUGACAGUGGAGGGGAAUGGAGCAGUUGUCAUCAAAUUCCUGCAGACGCACCGACGGUGAUACAUUGAGGGCUGUCGUGUAGAGAGAAGACCUUCAUACGCAGCAGCCAAUCCGAGAGAUACAUUUUUAUUGCCAGCGAAAAGGAUCGUUAGUCAGGUCGCCUUCCAUGUCAUCCACAACAAUGGGGGAGCAGCCCAUCUACAGCACUCGGGCCCACGUCUUCCAGAUUGAUCCCAACACUAAAAAGAACUGGCUGCCCACCAGCAAGCAUGCCGUCACUGUCUCCUACUUCUACGACAGUACGCGCAAUGUCUACCGCAUCAUCAGCCUGGAUGGCACCAAGGCAAUAAUCAACAGUACCAUCAGUCCCAACAUGACGUUCACAAAGACCUCACAGAAGUUUGGCCAAUGGGCGGACAGUCGAGCAAACACUGUCUACGGCCUGGGAUUCUCCACUGAGCAUCAUCUAGCCAAGUUCGCAGAGAAGUUUGCAGAGUAUAAAGAAGCAGCACGGCUUGCUAAAGAGAAGAGUCAAGAAAAGAUGGAGAUGGCCACGUCUCCCUCUCAGGAGUCUCCAGGAGGUGAGCUCUCAUCACCAUUGACCCCUGUGACUCCGCCCAUGGAAAACAUCAACGGCACAGAUGAAAUCUGUGACACGACUCCCAAUUCAGACACCCUUCCAGGGCCGGCACAGAACGCACUGGCCUUCGCACACAGCCCCGCCAUGACAAAACACUGGGAGGCUGAGCUGGAGGCACUAAAGGGGAACAAUGCCAAGCUAACGGCAGCUCUGCUGGAGUCCACAGCCAAUGUCAAACAGUGGAAACAACAACUAGCUGCCUACCAGGAGGAGGCAGAGAGACUACACAAACGGGUGACGGAGCUCGAGUGCCAGAGCAAUCAAACCCCAGUGAUCAAAUCACAGAAGACUGAACUCAACCAAACCAUAGAGGAACUGGAAAAUACACUAAGGGAUAAAGAAGAGGAAAUGGAAAAGUUGAAAGAGGAAUUGGAAAACAUGAAUGACCUGAUGGAGCAGAAAGACACCCUUACCCAGAAACUUGAGGAGACGGAGCUGCGCAGUCGUGUGCUGGAGGAGCAGCUGGCGGGUGCUGAGCAACGGCUGGAAGAAAACCAAGAGGAGCAGGAGAAUUUCAGGAAGAGCCUGCGGACGCUGCUGGAGCUGCUGGACGGCAAGAUCUUUGAGCUGACGGAGCUCAGAGACACCUUGGCUCGGCUCAUAGAGGAGGCCAGCUAGAGACGGGGCUGCCUAAUCUUUACAGACAGAGCCAUAUGAUAAUUUACACCCUCACAACCCCCAACUCACCCACACCAAUCCUACCCACCAUGCCCUCCUUCCUCCUACACCUCACGCACAUUAAAUCUGAGACACUACACUGCCCUGAUUCUGAUUUUGCUCAAAAAGGGCAGCUAACUCCCCAUUUUUACCUUGCAGGCAUCAAGCUACAACCAACCGCAGGCACUCCUGUAGUUCAAAACAACACAGGGACUACCUCAUCUUGCCUUCUGAUUGGCUGGUGUAGGCGUAACCUUGGUUGAAUUGAUCUCCAGUCGUAGAGAUGCCUGUCAUGGCACAUUGCAACUGCCCCCCAAAACCCACCCACCCACACACUCACAAAGAGUUAACUUGAGAACUGUGCCUCAGUGCCAUCUGCUGUUUGACUGGGAGAGCUGCAGUACAGCUUGCAGCAUCACAACAUCACACACACACACCCCUUUUCUUCCUCUCUAAACUGCCCCCGCCCCCGCCCCCAAGGGGAAUGUUGAAAGUCAUGUGGAAAUAAUUGCUGUUAAGACUCAGAGAACUGCGCCAAAGCUGCCAAAUCCCCCCAAAAUAUUGUCCUCUAACUAGCAGAUGCUUUGAUCCAAAGUGACUUACUGUACAGAGAAGUGCUGAACAGAGAAACAGAGUUCCACGUUUGAGCUCGGGCUGCCAGCGGAGUGUCACUGGAAACAGAGAAUUAAAGGACGGCUCUCAACAAAACAGUCAGUCUCACCUAUUGGCCUGUGGUUACAUCAAAGCUGCUCCCUGGAUACACAGGACUGCUGGGAAAUGAAGUUAUGUUUAAUUCUCCAGCGUAAAUGAAUGACUGCUAUAUAUCCACAGCCUAUUUAAAAUCCUACAUGAUAGAUGAGUAUUGAAUCUUCCAGAGGCAUUCUUCAUGCCACCCAGAAAUUUUAGAGGGCAUGUGCCCGUGUUAGAUUUGACAUGAAAAGUCCUGUAUCCAGACUGCUUCCACCGUCACAGACAACUGACCUGUCUUCCUGCCAAACUCAGUGUGGUGUGUGUUCCCGAACAAGGCCUGAUCUAUGACAAAGCGUGUGCCUUCAAAGCACAUAUACGUGGACACAUGUUUGUAUAUAAUAUGUGUGUGUGUUUUGUGCUGUGAGAGAAAGACCCUGUUUUGGGACAUCAAGGCCCCCCCACACACACAGACACACACACACUGAGCAAUACCAGACAGGCUCUAUAUGACACCUCUAUCUAACUCUAUCAGGUACUCUACUCAGUGGACUCAUGCAGAUAGGUCAAAUGCAACUCAGCUGAUCCCCCCUGUCCGACAGAAAGUGUACUACUGUUGACCGCGAACCUGUGUGGCAGCCCUGUCUGGACGAAGUAGUGCAUCAUGAAGGGCUUAUAGAGUGUCAUCUACGUGUCCGUAAAUCUCCACCCUCAGUGAAGCUGGCCACAGAUUUUCACUCCCCACGAGUGAAUACAGAACUGUACUCAGUUUCUAUUCUUUUUUACACAAGAUAUAACACUGAUGAUAUAAUAAUAGAACUGUAUAAGACAACUUUCUACUCAUGACGACAUUGUAAAUGAAUGGAUGGAUAACUUAAAAGCAGUAACACCCUGCGGUGGCUUAUUGUUGUGUAUUAACCCAUGAAAAAGUAUUGCAUAGUUAUUAUUGAGUAUCUAGUCUGUAGGUAAACAAUGAAAACCUCUUCAAUAUAUAUUUAAAAUUUGUAACGACACAAUGUAAACACAUAGUUUCAAACGUUCUUUACCAAAACAUGCACUUAUAAAGCAGCUCCUGUACUGGUAAAAAUCUAUAACUGCAUCUUAAAAUCUGUUCAUUUAAAAUCACUGAAUUUCUAAAAAGCUAUAUCCUCUCAUGAAAGGCUGCUUAUUUUACCUUUCAAUUGAGCACCCUGUUUGCACUGUGUUAUUACACUUUUGUAAUUACAUUAUAUAUCAAGAGAUUUGCAUUAAAAGCUAGCACAGCAUAAUUCUGUACUUAAAAUAUUGUAGUUAGCUACACUGGUUAAUACACUGGAAUAAGACUCAUGUAAAGGGUAAAGUUACCGUUUUUGUCUGGUUUAACUUUGACAGUCGAAUGACAGAGAUGGAAUACCUUGAUAUUAAUGCUAUUGUUAAUGAAUGCCUUUGUACAGUAGUGGAUAAGAAGCUUUUCAUUCUCCUGUUUUGUAACUUAUGGUAUUUAAAUGUAGGUAUUAUUAUUGUAUUUAGAGGUAUGAGAAGACUGGCAAUAUUUUUGACUAUUUAAAGUAAUUUUGAACUCAUGAUAUUAAAGAGGUACCUCAGGCUAA